AUGGGGGGUCUUUCUAUUUUGUAUAGAGUUCUAACCAGAUAUUCUAAUGGCAAAUGUCAAACAGAUCUUAAAGAAAAACAAACACCUCCUAUACAUCUCGUAAUAACCUCUACGUCCAUUAAACAACCGGACCUUUGCCGUCAUUUCCAAUUUAAUGACAUUCUUUCAGCAACAGAGAAUUUUGAUGAAUCACUAGUAAUCGGACAUGGAGGUUUCGGCAAAGUUUACAAAGGUAAAAUUAUUAUGGAUACAUCAAGUUCUGUUGUUGCAGCCAUCAAACGAUUAGAUACCACGUCCGGUCAAGGAGCAGCCGAGUUUUGGGCAGAAGUUGAGACACUUUCAAUGUUGCGUCAUUGUAAUCUCGUAUCUUUGAUUGGUUAUUGUAAACAUGGAAAAGAAUUGAUACUUGUAUAUGAAUAUAUACCAAAUGGAACACUUGAAGAUCAUCUCCAUAAACUCGGUACCCCUCUUUCUUGGUUUCAACGACUCAAGAUCUGCAUAGGUGCCGGUCGUGGGCUACACUACCUCCACACUGGUACCGGGAUUGAAUCAGGUGUCAUACAUCGAGAUGUCAAGAGCUCGAAUAUUUUGUUACAUGAAGGCUGGGCAGCCAAAAUUUCUGACUUCGGGUUGUCCAAAAUAGGCUCAACGAAUCAGCCAACAACUUAUGUCAACACACUUGUUAAAGGCACUUUUGGGUAUCUAGAUCCUGAUUACUUCACAACUGGGAAGCUAACAAGGAAAUCCGACGUGUACGCUUUUGGUGUGGUGAUGCUGGAAAUGUUGUGUCGGAAGCGUGCACUUGACAAAAGUCGUCAUGAGGAACAAUGGAAUUUAGCAAGAUGGGUUCAAAAAUCUAUCAAAGAAAGAAAUUUAAAACAAAUAGUUGAUUCUGGUAUAAAAGGUGAAAUAGCACCAAAAGGUUUAAAGGAGUUUGUUCGAAUUGCAGAGAGAUGUUUGUGUACCCAAACUAAGAAACGCUUGACUAUGGCUGAGGUUUUGGUCAGUCUUGAGAAUUUACUAAUCUUACAAGAGAAAUACAAUUAUUCAUUGCAACCCGCAGGCAAAACACUACUCGCUAGAAUGAUCAAUAUGCUUCCGGUUAUUUCUAAUGCAAAGAACUCAGCUCAAGGUUGUUCAAAGCUAUCAAGAGAUUACAGAAUCUCAAGUUUAAAGAAAUUUGAGUUCGAUGUUUUGAGAAAGUCUACUAAUGAUUUUAGUCUAAAUAUGAUCAUUGGUGAGGGAGAUUUUGAGACAACAUACAUAGGUUGGUUUAAUGGGGACACAUUCACCAAUUCAAAGCAUGGGGAUGAAGUUGUUGUUGCUGUGAAAAAGCUCCAUUACUUUCAAGAACAUGUGGAGUGGAUGGAAGGGUUAAGAUUUUUAGGACAGGUAGCUCAUCCAAAUAUUAUUACUCUCUUGGGAUACUGCAGCGAUGAAUCUCAACAAUGUCUUGUUUUUGAGUACAUGCCUAACAAAAGUUUGGAUCACUUUAUUUUCACGGAUAUACCCAAUCAUAUUAACGAACCACUAUCCUGGAGAACACGAAUCAUGAUAAUGAUAGGAGUUGCCCGUGGACUGGUGUAUUUGCAUUCGUCAAAUGAGAAAAUCAUCCAUGGUGAUUUAAGGAGCAGUAAUAUACUUUUGGAUGAAGAUUUCAAUGCAAAACUCGGGGGUUUUUCCUUACCUAAAUUUAUACCUUGGCAUGUAAAAAGACGUGUUAUUAGCUUACGGAGAAUCCCAGUUUAUGUGGGGACAGGUAUCGUGAGUGUGAAGGAUGACAUUUACAGUUUUGGGGCAGUGUUACUUGAAGCUCUAACAGGCCUUCGAGUAAUUGAUAGAAAGUGUCCCACUAAGCUGCAAAUUUUAGUUGACUGGCCAAUUCUUGAAAAAGGAGAAAAGCUAAAGAAAAUAAUGGAUCCACGCCUUGAACAGAAUUACCCUGUAGAAGGUGCUUUUGAUUGCACUUCACUCGCAUUGAGAUGUCUUGUAAGCUAUCCUAAAGAUAGGCCUUCAAGUGAAGAGGUUUUGCAGGUUUUGGAACAAAUAUUAAGUGAAAACAAGGGAAACAGUGGAACGGCCAGCAAUAUUAUAGGGGCAGACAACAACACAUUACUAGACACUAUUGAACAUCCUGCUGCUUACAAAAUCCCAAGUUUACAGAAAUUUGAGAUUGAUGUUUUGCAAAAGUCUACUAAUGAUUUCAGUCAAGAUAUGAUCAUUGGUGAGGGAGGUUACGGUAGAACAUACUUAGGUUGGGUUAAUGAGAACUCAUUCACCCCUUCAAAACAUGGGGAUGGAGUUAUUGUUGCUGUGAAACGGCUCCAUUGCCUUAAAGAACAUGCAGAGUGGCAGGAAGAGGUAAGCUUCUUAGGACAGUUGGCUCAUCCAAAUAUUGUAACUCUCUUGGGAUAUUGCAGCGACGACUCCCAACAAUGUCUUGUUUUUAAGUACAUGCCCAACAAAAGUUUUGAUCGCUUUAUUUUCACGGAAUCUGGAUUUGAUUUAAUCAAGAAACUAACCCAAAUAGCUUUUGCAGAUAUACCCAAUCAUAUUGCCAAACCACUUUCCUGGGGAACACGACUCAUGAUAAUGAUAGGAGUUGCCCGUGGGCUGGUGUAUUUGCAUUCGUUAAAAGAAAAGAUCAUCCAUCGUGAUAUAAAGAGCGCUAAUAUAUUUCUGGAUGAAGUACUCUAA